AUGGUGUCAGCCCUCGCUCACGUGAUCGGAGGUGGCAGCGGUGAUGCCGGCGAGGUCGCCGCCGGUGGGGCCGGAAACUCCACAGCAGCUUUGCCUUCGGAAGCUCAAGGGAGCGAGAAGGAGAAGAAGAAGCAUUACAGAGGCGUGAGACAGCGACCAUGGGGAAAAUGGGCCGCAGAAAUCCGCGACCCGAAUAAAGCAGCUAGAGUAUGGUUAGGCACGUUUGAGACCGCAGAAGCUGCAGCAAUCGCCUAUGACAACGCGGCUCUCAAGUUCAAAGGAAAGAGAGCAAAACUCAACUUUCCUGAAAGAGUUCAGAACAGUGAUAUGUUCAUGAACGACAGAGGUAUAUUAAUCACACAGCAAAAUCAUCAAAGCUCUAUUUCCACGUCUGAUUUAGCGCUUUAUGAAUCUCAAGCUUCCACCAUUUCUUUUGCUAGUCCUUCACAACAGUCUUUUGCCCCAGAGGUCAUGCUUAACUUUGGAGAUUAUGAUUCUGGUUCUUAUUCCAGGCCUAAAAGGGCCAAGGGGGAGUAUAGUCGCAAGGAUAUCAUAUAA